AAUGCCUGGACAGAACCUCAGCUUCGGUCUUCUCAUCCCGGGCCAAUUCCAAUGGCUCGACGCCGCCGGUCCCGUCGACCUCAUCAACAGCCACUCGCACGCGAGCGUUCAGGCCCUUACCUCCCUUGGACUUCCCCAAGAGCUCGUCGAGAAGGCGCCGGUCAUCACCUGGCACUACAUCUCCGUCAACCUCUCACCCAUACAAGCCUCCUCUGGCCCACCCCUCCUCCCCACCGCGACCUACGCGGACUGCCCUCCGCUCGACUAUCUCGUCGUUCCUGGACCCGAUCCGACGGUCCCUCUUCCUCCAGUCUGUGCCGAAUUCUUGAAGGAGCGCUUCGAGGGGUUCAAGGGCCUCCUCACGGUCUGCACUGGGAGUGUGGUGGUUGCAACAACAGGGCUCCUCGACGGGUACAAGGUGUGCACGAACAAGUUCGCGCUCAAAGCCCUCCAUGCGGCGGGCUUGGCAAACAAGAAGGUGACGUGGGUCGGUGAUAGGCGCUGGAUCGUGGAUAGGAAGGUCUGGAGCGCGGCAGGCGUCACGGCGGGUCUUGACCUCGGUGCAGAGUUCGUGAGGGUGAAUUUCGACCCGAAGUUGGUAGAGUUCGUGAAGGGGGUAGUGGAGUACAAGGCAAACCCUGAUCAGCCAGACGAGUUCGCAUACAUCCUCGACGGUAUCGACUACAACAACUG